ACCUUCCUCUUUAAAUUGCCCCCCUCUUCCCCCGGGGCCGAAGCUAGCGGUUUUCUCUCGCCGACGGCCGACCACCGCACACGCACACGUUCAGCGAUUUCGCGGGGGAAUUUGCAUUGAUUCCGUGGAGUUCCAUCCGCCCGCUGUAGCCGCGAUUGGGGAUCGGGGGGCUUGCGGGCCGAGGAGGAGCCAGAAGAAGGUAGCGGCGGAGAAGCUUCUUGAUCCGGGGACGGACGGGGCCUUUGGAGAUUCGUCCGUCGAUCGGGUCUCAUCUGCGGAAGCCGGGUCAGAAAAAAUCGUUGCGACUGGAGGAGGCGGCGCGAGGGCAUGGGGGCGUGGGUCUCGGUCCUGCUCGGGAUGGACGACGGAGCCGCGGCGGCGGCUGCCGCCAGGCCUGCUGCUGUGGGCCUGGGCGACCUGCCGGAGCUCUGCGCCGCCCAGGUGCUGCUCCGGCUCGACCCGCCGGAGAUCUGCAGUCUCGCGGGGCUCAACCACGCGUUCCGCGGCGCCGCGGGGGCGGACUUCGUCUGGGAGGCCAAGCUGCCUGAGAACUACAGCUACCUGAUGGAGUUCGUCGGGGGGAGCGGCGACGAGGGGAGGCGGCGGCGGCGGCGGGCCGGCAAGAAAGAGAUCUAUGCCAGGCUCGCCAGGCCUGUGCCUUUCGGUGACGGCCAGAAGGAAUUCUGGUUGGACAAGAGCAAAGGCAUGAUCUGUAUGGCACUGUCGUCCAAAGCACUGGUGAUAACUGGGAUUGAUGACAGAAGAUACUGGCAACACAUGCCAACUUCAGAAUCAAGAUUCCAGUCUGUAGCCUACCUUCAGCAAAUCUGGUGGUUUGAGGUGGUUGGUGAAGUCGAUUUCUGCUUCCCUGUUGGAACAUAUAGCUUGUACUUUAGGGUUCAUCUUGGGAAGUUCUACAAACGAUUUGGCCGCCGACAUUGCACCUCAGAGCAUGUCCAUGGUUGGGACAAGAAGCCUGUCCGCUUCCAGCUAUCAACCUCCGACGGUCAGCAGGCACUGUCUCAGUGCUACCUGGAGGAGCCCGGGAGCUGGGUCUUGUACCACGCUGGCGAUUUUGUGGCCUCAAAGCCUGACCAGCCGAUGAAGCUGAAGUUCUCCAUGGCGCAGAUCGACUGCACACACACAAAAGGCGGGCUGUGCAUCGACUCGGUGCUCAUCUAUCCGAAAGGGAAGGGGUUUCAGCAGGAGAGGGUGGUCAGGUCUCAGAAAUGAGACUGUAGAUUGUUGUGGAGGUACUACUCACAGUAGGAUGUUAGACCAAAUGCAGCUUGCAGCCUGAUCUUAUUUUUGCUUUGGGCUCUAGUUCGCAACAGAGGUGAAGUGUAUAUGGUUGUAGAACUCGAGUUUUUGUGUGGUCAGGUGACCACUAGAGUGCUCUGUUAGUCCUUUCCCAAGGUCGUUUUCGCCCCCCUUGAGCUGAAUUGGGACUUCGAGAUAACCAUGAAACUGUACUGAAAUGAGUUUGAAGAUGUCGUUCCCAGUUUCUAAUUUGCUAUCUACUAAGUUUCUGAUCCUUUCUUUU